CGGUCGGGCAUGGAGCAGGGCGCCGAGCCGGGCCCGGAGCUGGGCGCGGUGCUGGAGGCCGUGGAGGGGCGCGGCGGCGGUGGCGCCGAGGCGGUGGAGCGCGUCCUGUCGUGGUACAACGAGGAGAAUCGGGCCACUUUCAGGUUUGAUCCUGCAGAUGAAGACAAAAGAAAGAAACUGUGUGAAGGAAUUCUAAACAUCCUUGAAAAAGACACAGAAACUUCAUGUCAAGUUGCCUGCCUGGAGGCCCUCCGGAUUCUUUCCAGGGACAAGAAGGUUUUAGUGCCUGUAACCACAAAGAGGAACAUGCAGAUCCUUAUGAGGCUAGCAAAGCUGGACACUGUGGAAGAUCCACUGGAGACAGUAUCUGAAUUUCCUGUGAUAGUAGAAGCCUUAAAAUGCCUCUGUAACAUAAUUUUUAAUAGUUCAGUUGCACAGAAGCUCAGUUUGGAACUGAAUCUUGCAGCAAUGCUCUGCAAUCUUCUGCAGAAAUGUAAGGACCGGCAGCUUGUUGAUGACAUUAAAUGCUUUGAUUUGCGUCUCCUCUUCCUCUUGUCGCUUCUGCAUACAGAUAUUAGAGCACAAUUGCGUCAGGAGCUACAAGGGGUGCAGGUUUUGACUCAGGCUUUGGAGAGUUCCCUGAGUGUAAGAUGGACAGAAGAAUAUAAGGCAGCAGAAGAUCGUGACAGGCUUCCUCUGUCUUUGCAAGAGACAGAUUGUGCCAUUGAGGCACUAAAGGCUCUAUUUAAUGUAACACUUGACAGUUGGAAUGUCCACAGCAAGAAUGAAUCUCAUCAAUUUCGUUACAUGGCUGCCAUCCUUCGACACUGCUUAUUAACCACGGGCCCUACUGAAGAAAAAACUGAAGAGUUGCACAGCAAUGCAAUCAACCUCUUAAGCAAUGUUCCUGUUUCUUGCUUGGAUGUUCUUAUUAAUCCAUCGUCCCAAGAGGAAACAGAUAUAAAAUACAAUGGUAUGAAUAUGGGAGCUAUUCAGAUUUUACUGGAUUUCAUGGAGAAGAGAAUAGACAAGGGAAGCAGCUACAGAGAAGGUCUGACUCCAGUUCUUAGUUUAUUAACUGAAUGCUGCCGAACUCACAGGAAUAUCAGGAAGUUUAUCAAAGCUCAGGUACUGCCCCCAUUAAGAGAUGUCUCAAACCGUCCUGAAGUUGGCACAACAGUGAGGAACAAACUCGUCCGCCUUAUGACACAUGUUGACCUUGGAGUAAAGCAAAUUGCAGCAGAAUUUCUUUUUGUUCUUUGUAAAGAGAGAGUCGAUAGCUUGUUGAAAUACACAGGCUAUGGUAACGCAGCAGGAUUGCUGGCAGCCAGGGGCCUGCUAGCAGGAGGAAGAGGAGAUCAUUGGUACUCAGAUGAUGAGGAUACAGACACAGAAGAAUACAAAUCUGCAAAGCCAAACAUUAACCUUAUCACUGGUCACUUAGAAGAGCCAAUGCCCAAUCCAAUGGAUGAAAUGACAGAAGAACAAAAAGAAUAUGAAGCUAUGAAGCUUGUCAACAUGUUUGAUAAACUUUCCAGAGAUGAGCUCAUAAAGCCAAUGGGAGUACGGCCGGAUGGGACAAUGGCUCCUUUGGAGGAAGCAGUCAGCCAGUACCAUACCAGCAAGCAAGAGAGCUCAGAUUCAGACUAAGGCAUCACCUGCUUUACUCUCAAUUCUCCUCUGAUCCACACUUCUCCUUAGAGCCACAUCUUUUAUCCUCACAUUAGCCAGCAUCACUUUAACUGUUCUAUUAUUGGCAUAUUUAAAUGAUGGGUCCUGUGCUGUAAUGUCUGAAUUUUUAUUAUGUCUGUUUAGAGAACAUAUCAAUUUAUUAGUUUAUGAUCUUUAUUAAUUUAAAAUUAAAUGUAUUUCAAAAGGAUAAAAAGUGAAAACCUACAGUGUAAAAUAAAGUCCACUUUCAUUUUCCAGAAUCUUGUUUUCUGAACUCUGUAGGUUUUCCCAUUCUUGAUAACCUUUUGUAUUGUCUUGCCAGUCUUCCUCUUUAUAUAAUUGUAUUAAUGAAGUGUGUUUACUUAAUGGCAUUAGGAGCAGAGGGUGUUUAGACUUAGAAGUCUGAUUGACCUUGUGAGGCUGCUUUAGCUGGCAUUGAGCAGCGAUUUCAAAGCUCCCGUUUUUGAAGUGCCCUGGGGUUUCUUACUGCUACAAACUUUUCCAGUUAAGCUGCUGCUUAAGAUUUUAACAAUGUGUCAGUGACAGACUGCUUCUAAAACUGCCUUUAAAUUGGGAAACAAGAUGAUGGAUUUUGUAUGUCUUCCUUCCCUCCCUGGUUAAGACCACAUGAAUAUACCUCCUCCUCCCCUCUUUGGUUAAGUAAAAACAUCCCUAUCAAAAAUGGUGUUCAAGAAUUGCACUUAAAUGAUGCCAUGAAUGGGAGGGGACUGGAGUGCAUGUGCCAGUGUUUCACUGCAUUGGGGCCUGCUUUUGGAGAUUAACUUUUAUGCCUCACUUGAAGGGAAGUCAAACUAAUCAACAAAGAAAUAUUUCCUCUUAGAGAGAAUUUGGGAAGCAAUGGAAUAGAGAAUGGGAGGGUGUAAAGGAGAAGAAAGCGUCACUUUCAAUUCUGUACUCUUUAAAAACAAAGAUUAAAGUUUUAGGCGUGCUACACUGCUGUUGUUGCCUCUUUGCCUGCUUGGUUUUUUCUGUGUUUCUCCCAGCAUGAAUUACAUGAACAAUAAUCCAUGCCCUAGUUUUGAAUUCCUUAAUUUGUGCAGCUUAAACAUGCCAUUCACUGGGAAUGUUUCAGAGCUUGGUGUUUGUUCUCCAGUUUUUGUUUCUUAUGACUUGAUGCUGUUUCUCUGAAUUAAGGAAGUUGGUGUUCAAAGACCCUGUAAAGGGGAAUUUGGUAUGAAAUUGUGCUGUGGUUGCUUAUGUGAGGAGCUUCUACAGAUGAUCUUAGUCUUCCAAAAGAACUGAAAAGAAAAAAAUAAUGUAAUGCUGUCCUCUUAGUGGUUCAGUUUGUGUUUCCAAAGGACUCUGCCCAGCGACAGCAAUGUUUUUCGUGGUACAUAUGUAGUAUGUUAUGUCAUACCUCUUCUUUAUGACUCCAAAAGUGGAAGGGACCAAUUGUCCAAGAGCAAGAAAUGUGCUUGGCUGCAUCUAAGCCGAGUCUCAAAAAUGUAAUUCUGGGUUUAGCAUCAUGCAUUGAUUACUCUGAGCCCAGCACAGAUAAGUAUUGUGUGCCCUACAGGUGCAAAGAAUUUGUGAUCUCUCCCCAAGGAGCAAAACUUCCCUGGCCCUGUUAAUAAGGAACUGUCUUGUGUCAGCUGGGGAGGGAGUUGUUUCAGUCAUGGGCUUCUUGCUGUUGAGCACUAAGUACAGAGCGUGAAAAAGACCAAAAUCUUAAUUACUGCUUUACAAGCUCUAGAAUAUGCUCCUACAAUUAGCUGGCUAAAGAGAUUAAUAAAACAAUAAUGGCUCCAGGGACCUUGUUAUAAGCAGUAUUGCAUGAGGCUCUUGUGUUCUGCCUCCUGUCAUUUGCCACAGGGCAGCAACAUUUGCAAUAAAUAGUUCUGUUUAGUUUAUCUUGGAAAACAUGCUUGUAGAAGGUUCUACAGACACGGAUACUGCUUCAAUUAAAAAGAAAAAAGUGAAGACCAGGCAUAGGCCUGAAUCCUCCAGCUCGAGAGUGGCUGUCAUAGCUUGGUUGCCUGUAGUGCAGGUAAAUGUAGAUAAAUGAGCAACUUGCACUAGUGCAAGAGUAGCUCUUGUUCCAAGGGGAUAGUUGGUGAAAAGGCUGCUGCAGACUUUUUGGCUUAUCUUUGCAAUGUAACAUAGGUCCAACCUUAGCUGCACUGGCUGGAGAUCUGGGAAUAUCUUGGGACCAAGGUCUUUCAAAUCAGCAAUGCCUCUGCUUCCUUUUGUGCUUGCUGGUGUUUUCAAAGUAACAUGGUGGAAUUUCUCUUGGAUGGGAGUCUGGAGAAAAGUGAGGUUAAAAAAAGGAACUACCUGGAAUUUUUUAUGUACUGUGAAAUAUUGCUCCUGAAUUUAUUUUCAAAGUUGAACCUCCAAAACUGGAGGCUUGGGCAGCUGAGUCUUGCUUAAACUGGCAAACUGGGCAGUGUCAGGAAGGAUCUCUAAGUGAAAUAUCUCAUUUUACUCCCUUCUGAGUAAAAUGUCAGUAGGAUUUCUAGUGGUGACCAUAAAGGUGUUAGCCAGUGGGUUUUGAGGACAUGUACCUUUCACUCCCAAAAAGUCUUCCACAGUCAGUCCCAAACUCAAAAUCUUGUGUUUCAGUCUUUACUUUGGCAUCAAUAGUCCAAAGCAACACAGUUCUCAUUAAAGCUCAUCAAUGAUUUGGAAGCUUUGCUUCUCUUUGUUUCCCAUUAGAGUUAUGAAACAAAAGAUGAUGGGAAAUUGCUGAAAUUUGUCAAAAUACUUUUGUUCUUUUGUAAAAUAAUACAGACAUAUUUGUUUAGAUGUUUGUGAAAACUUCUUGGCAGGUAUUUCCAAAUGCUAAUUGAAAUUUCAUGUGCCCCAAAAGUGGUUUUCAGGAAAAAGGGUCGUUUACAAUCUGUUAAAAAUGCUGUGAUACAAUUACCACAGAAAUUUAAAUAAAUUUGCCAAAGAGGAA